AUUCCCCCAAGUUGCUGCCACAGCUGCUGCUGCUGCUGCUGCGGCUGGUUGUUGCUGGUGUGUUCUGUUCCCUGCAGACGCUCCACUUCUCUGAUGGUAAAAAAUAAUUAUACAAUCUUAUUAAUAUGAUUAUGAAGCAGAAUCCCAGGCUGCUGCUGCUGGAGGAGCAGAGGAGGACAAGCCCUGUUGCCUUCGCGUUGAACGCAGCUGAUCAUCUCCCACAGGCUGAGGAUUCACAGACUGAAGUGGACUGAGCUCAGCUGCAGCUGUGAUCCACUCACUGACCUCACUGAUGCUGCUCUGACCGGUGCGACGCUGCCACCUGGCUGCCAGACUGAAGAGCUGCAACAUUUCUUUUUUUUUUUUUUUUUUUUAAACAACAAAAACCCAAGUCAAGUUGGUGUGAAGUUGUUAUAUAGACUGCAGCCCAUGUGGACAAGUGGAAGGGAAUAGGGCUUGUCUCAGGGGGGUGUUGGUUCAAAUCCUGGGACCACCAUUGCUCCUCGUGCCCCAGUUGAAGAAAUCUAGAUAUCUUUGGAUAUAUUUAGAUAUCUCAAAGUGAUUUGGUUUUAUUUGGAAGAUUUGCUCAUUUAGUGCACAUUUGCGUAUCAAGUUUUAAAAAAUCAAAGUCAUUCAACUGGUUCACUUGUUACACAAGUGCAAAUUAACCCUAAGCCACUAAUUCUGCUUAGGGCCCCAUAAAGGCUUGAACCAGCCCUGGUGAAAAAGAUGUGUUAAAUACAGAGGUCAGAUUCACAAUCAAUAGUGAAUUUGUGUGUGCAAACUUUUCACAUAAGAUUGUUGUUGUCAUUGAUGGUUUUAUUCAGCAUCAGUUUGACCUCUGAUAGGUUUAAGCAACAUUAUGUGAAAGUGGUAUAAAUGUUACUCACAUGAGCUUAUGUUUAAAACCAAAUGAACCCCUACAGUCUUUUUUGGCAAAGCAUUUCCAUUUUAUCGUAUAUUUAUCUUAUUAAUUAAUGAUUCUGUUUCAUGUUUGAGUGGCCACACGAUGGCGCUGUCUUCCCACGUCCUGAAACCAGGUUUCGUCCACAAGCAUCUGGACAUAAAUAAACCUUGGAGCCAGGAUUUCCUUCAUCUUCACUAUGACUUUGACUGAAAUACCGGACAUAGACUCUUUCCAUUUAUGAUUUAUUUAUUUUUUAAACAAACUGCUGACUUUCUUCUCUCAGGGAAACCUGCAUCUUAAAGGACAAGAAUAAUUAUUUAACUGUCAUUUCACCAAUUUGUAAUUCUUGUUUUUUGGAUAAAAAGCUGGUUACAUCACGUCCACUUGGACACCUGAUUAGUCAUCUCUCAAAGUUAAAUGGAAAUAAUAUAUGACACAAACUACACUUUAUCUCAAUAUGUAAUUUACUUUAUUCAGAAUUGAAAGAAACCAAGUGUAUGCCUGAAACUGACUGAAAAACCCAAAUGAAAAAAUGUCUUGCAAUACACUUUAAAUUACACAAAUAAAGCUCAUUUGUUGCGUUUAUUUUGAAUGUAUAACUUCAGUUCGCCUGUUGCGCACGGUCCACUCAGCGCUCCUUGUGCCCGUUGCGCAAUCACGUCAGGAAAAGUGACUCUAUCCAUCUGUGGCCACGCUCAGUGCGCGCUCACAGUCCGCGUCCCUUUAUGGUUUUACAGUGGGGGGGAAAAGUUUUCAUGUCAGUCGGUUAAAAUUCAUUGUUGCCUGUCCAGCCAAUCAUAGUUUUUGACGACACAAAAGAGGCUAAAGUUGGAGUAUAAAAAGGUGUGCGCUAAUCAAGUAUGAUGCCUAUCAGAGUGCGACAUUAAUCCAAACGCAGUGCAGUCACGCACCAGGUCCAACACAAACCGGGAGUCUGUCCUUUAUUAUUAUCAUUAUUAUUAUUAUUAGAAUAAUAAUUAUUAUUUCCUGUAAGUCAAACUUCACACCUGGGAGACAAUGCAUCUGUCUCACAUUGUUCUUUAUCUUAGUUUGCUGAUUACUUUGGGUCCAGUAGUUCUGAGUGAGCAAGAAACGAACCAGCAGCUCUCCGCCACCAACCCGGAGGACGCGGAACAGUGCGCCACCUGCGAGGUGCGGCAGCAUAUCAAGACCAUGCGAUUAAACGCGAUCAAGUCCCAGAUUUUGAGCAAACUGCGGAUGAAAGAAGCGCCGAACAUCAGCCGGGACGUAGUGAAGCAGCUGCUGCCCAAAGCGCCGCCGCUGCAGCAGCUCAUCGACCAGUACGACGUGCUGGGAGAUGACAACAGGGAUGUAGUCAUGGAGGAGGAUGACGAGCACGCCACCGCGGAGACGAUAAUGAUGAUGGCCACUGAACCGGAUCCAGUGGUGCAGGUGAACGGGCAGCCACAGUGCUGCUUUUUCUCUUUUACGCAAAAGUUCCAAGCCAGUCGCAUCGUGCGGGCGCAGCUCUGGGUGUAUUUGCGUCCGGUGGAGGAGGCGACCACGGUGUUCCUGCAGAUUUCCCGCCUGAUGCCGGCCACAGACGGGGACAGACACAUACGGAUCCGCUCGCUGAAGAUCGACUUGAACCCCGGGGUCAGAAAUUGGCAGAGCAUAGACGUCAAACAAGUGUUGAGCGUGUGGCUGCGGCAGCCGGAGACCAACUGGGGCAUCGAGAUUAACGCCUUCGAUUCGAGGGGAAACGACUUGGCCGUGACAUCCGCUGCGCCGGGACAGGAAGGACUGCAACCGUUCAUGGAGGUGAAAAUAUCAGAGAGCCCGAGGCGAGUCAGGAGAGACACGGGCCUGGACUGUGAUGAGAACUCCCCAGAGUCCCGCUGCUGCCGUUACCCGCUCACUGUUGACUUUGAGGACUUUGGCUGGGACUGGAUUAUUGCCCCAAAGCGCUACAAGGCCAACUAUUGCUCUGGGGAGUGUGAGUACAUGCACUUGCAGAAGUACCCGCACACCCACCUGGUGAACAAGGCCAACCCCAGAGGGACUGCAGGCCCCUGCUGUACCCCCACCAAGAUGUCGCCCAUCAACAUGCUCUACUUUAAUCGCAAAGAGCAGAUCAUCUACGGCAAGAUCCCCUCCAUGGUGGUGGACCGUUGUGGAUGCUCUUGAGUUGGAGAGUUGGCGAGGGACGGGAGGAUGGCGGCGGGGCCGUGGCUCGCCCCGGGCCUCCACCUUCAGACUUGAUGACACAAUCAAUCCACCAGUUCCCGAUGCUUUCCUGCAGAACAUGGUGCAAUAGAACCAGAGUAGAGGCCACAAACAGCCCAACUUUCCUGCAGGGCAGCAGCUUUCACAACCGGCAUAGCUCUCUUAUCUCUCUUCCAGUGAAAUCUUAGCCGUAGAGGCUCGAAGUCAGAUCUGUACUGAACACACACAUGAACACGCACACACACAUGAUGGACCGUGGAGUGAAUGUAGACAGAUAUCAUCACAGUUAUCACACACACAAAAACAAGCUUAAUCUCCAUAGUCUCCGUCUUCUGUAAUCUAUCCAUUUAUACACACACAUGCUGACAGAUUAUACUCAAAACGCCAUCUACUCCACUCCACUCCACUUGUAGCCAACAUACAAGCUAUUACACUUUCUGCUAAGCUGCUUGUGAUAAUCAUUUUUUUUUUUUUUGAGGUGUGUUUUCAGAGAGAAACCAGGAAUCCUCAAAGACUGUUAUUUUAAAAAUAAAAAGGGUUUGGGGAAAAAAAUCCUUAAAGUGAUAUUUCACACUGGCAGAACAUGUUUUAUGACACGAAAGUCGAAAAUGGCAACAACAUAAACACAGGUCGCAAUCUCAUUAUCCGUUGUCUUUCCAAUUUUCAACUGUAAUUUUAGAUUUUAAUGAAAUACAAAGGGAUUUCGGAAUAAAAUCCUAAAGCGCAGGCGGCGGCACGUUGGUCCCUCCUGAGAUCCACAUGGCCACAGCAGGACAAAGUACUGCUUUAAGUCAUCGUCAUCAUUACCAUCAUCAUCAUCAUCAUCAUGUACUCUGCCGUACACUUCUAUUCACAGCAACAGCAUCCGCUCCCAGUCACACUCACUAUCCAAAACCAAAAGAGCCAGACCUGCCCAAUACACUUGAAUUAUAUUCUGAUUGUAAAUUCACAUUACUGGACAGAAGGACUUGAACUGAAGGCACAGUGAAUGCAGCCUAAAAAAAAUAAAAUAUAUAUAUAUACAUAUAUAUAUAUAUAAAAAUGUCUUAAAGACAGAGAAGAAAGGGGUUUAUUUUUUAGACGUGAGGAUGUUGACAUCAAACUCUGUCUUGCAUCAACACAGUUUGCACUAUGGCACACCAAUAGAAGGAAUUGGUUGCUACAAAAAAGUUGUAAAAACUGAUUUUGAUAUGUUUUGCUCAUUUGUAUUUGUACACAUAUGCCAUUGUUUCCUGUGGGAGUUGCCUUUCUAAAAACCACUGUUGGUCAAUGUACGUUAAAAAGAACCACAACCUAUCAAGUAAUUCAGCAACUCUAUACAACUUGUUGUAACAAAUAAAGUUUCUAGCUUGUUUGUUGA